CAUUUCAGGUUAACUGUUUAAUUUAUGUUUCUUUUAUGACUAUUAUUUCAGAAUUUGAGAAUUUAAUAUAUACUCUAGAGACUAACAUGUCUGAUAUAGAAGAAGAUCCUGCAUCUAUUGAAGAGUAUAAUAACUUUCUGACUUCUUUGCAUCGGGUGCGCAUGAAAAAGUUGGGACCUGAGAGAAUGAUAGCUAAUCACACAGCGGCUGUAAACCAUGCUGCCCCCAGAGUUUAUCUGGAAAAAGAAAUAAAAGCUGCCUGCAGUUCAGUCCACACACAUUCCAAGAAGAACAAUACUGAACAAUAUGAGAAAGGCAUCACUGACCUGCAGAUGUGUAUUAACAAUGCAACUGCUGUUCAGACUGCUAUCAACAACCUCUACAUCAAGGCACAGCUCCAAGAAGAUGUUGAGAAACAUCUUGGUGAUUCCAGUGCAAUUCUGAGCCCUGAAGUCAAGUCACUUCUGAGCAGCAGCCAAGAAUGCCUCAUCCAGCAGGCAGAGUUACGUGAAGUACUGGACAGUAUAGCACAACGCCGCAAAAAUAUUCUACAGAAGAGAAUGCAGGUUGCUGAGCUCUAUGAGCACGUCUGUGACUUGUGGCAUCAAAAGGAAAGGAGGGACUUUACCAGGCCCCUUAGGACGGACUCAGAAGAACUAGCAUCCUUGCGUCAACGCCUAAAAAUCAAAGAAGGCAGGGUUGAAAUUAUGGCGCACUUAUGCCAGGUGCUCUUCCCAGCCAUCUUCCCUCGUUGGGGCAUGAACCCGCGUAUAAUUGAGGUGUUGGAGGCUUGUGAACUUGUCUGCAGUGGGCAGAUGUCUACACUCGACCAGUGCAAGGCCAUUGUUGAUCGGCUACAUUAAAACUCAAACAGGCUUUUGUUUGAGUGUGGAGCACACAAAAACGUGUGUUCUAUUUGUUUGAAAUUUAUACAAAAAAAUCAAGGAUUUCUAGUAGUUAAGUGUCCUUUUUGUAGAAUAUUUGGCUCACUUGAUCAUACUAGGUUUUCUUAGCCAAUCAAAUUUUGUAUUGGGGAAUUUGGUCUGCAAUACAGAACCAAAUUGCAUGGCAUUAUACAGCAUGUUGAAUUUCUAUAUUUCUCCAUACACGUGUUUAUUAUGAUGCUCCUCUAGAUCGGCAAGGAAUUAUAUGGGCAUGGUUGUGAUGUUCAGCGUUGUUUAAUGAAUAAAUCACUGGGAAGGUAUGAAUAAAAACACUGUAUAGCCGACUCAAAAUCGAUCACGAAUACGUAAUGAUGGCUUUGAGUGUCUACCACAUACAUUCAGCAUUCGUCUAGUUGUUAUCGAAAGUAUCUUUAAUUCCACUCCAAAUGUGUGCUAUUAUAAAGGUUAUGACUAAAUAAAUUAGAAAUAUUUAUUUUUAAAAACAAUCUUUUUUUUAUUAACGCAUUGAAGUGAAAGAAGUGAGGGGAAAUAUGACGUCUAUAAAUCAAAUGUCUCUGUGUGAAGACUCGGAAUACUCUUACGUGUUGCUUACAGUUACUGUACGGUAUCGCAGUGGUUAGCGCCGCUGUGUGCGCAGUAAUAUCGCCACCGUGAUGAGAGCUUGCCGUGAGUUCAAGCCUUGGCAGCUCAGUUCAUUUCUCGGUGUCACUGGCGGGCUGUGUUCGCUAAGCAUAGCUUGGGUUGAUGUCCUUAAACGAACUCAAGGUACUUGUUACCUGGGGGAUCUAAAUCAUAAAGGUCAGGUAUUUCAAUCAUAACGUUAUUGUGUUCAACUGAGGAAUAUAUUCAUGAAUGACUUCGCUUUUUUGUUCAAAGUUCUUCUCGCAGUGAGGGUGGGAAUUUCUUGAAGUGGCCUUUCUCAAUGAGAUAAUCUAAAACAUCCUGAUGAUAAGUAGGGGGCGAAUAUGACCCGGUCUCUAGCAACUUUCUUAGUUUUUGAGCCUCUAGUUUUGCUCUGUGCCACUCUUCCAGCCAUGAACUGUACUCGUGAGACUUAACUUUGCUCGUCCUGUUGGUGCCAGCGCCACCUAAUGAUUGCAUGACAGUUACUGGAGCCUUGCAGUUGUAAUGUCGAACAUCUGCUGUCGUAGGCGAGUCAUCCUCGUUGAGUCGGUGCAGGGUGCGGCACACGCUACACUCAAAAUUUUCAAUAAAGUUAAUUUUAU